UUUGAAUUUAUUUAUAUUAAACUAAGCCAUAAAGGUAAGGUCUCGCUUUGUAUAAAUAAGGAGAGCAAAGCAAAGCAAGGACAAAGUAAGCCAAAUCAAAAUCAUACGUGAGAAACAAGUUAUCGGAAUAAGAGAGAGCUCAUUUUGUUUUGUUUCCCAUGGAGGUGGUGAUGAUGAGAAAAGCUGAGGAGUUCAUUUUUGAAGCUCACGAAGAGAUUGGAAAGGAUGAGAAAUGGCUUCUGCAGCUGGGAAAUAGAACUCCCAUAGCGGAACGGGGUUUUACGAGAUCGCCUUCUCUCACAGAAAGAGAAUCAAGCAUUAGCAUGCAGGCGCAGAGGCUUGAAGCAACAAAAGCGGAGAUGGGUGAAGUGAGAGAAGAAAAUGAAAGGCUUAAGAUGCUCCUCGCCCGUAUCGUCGAGGACUACAAAUCACUUCAGUCGCAGUUCUCCAAUCUCAUCCAGCAGGAGCGAGGGAAAACCCCAGUCGCAAGCCCAACCGACAUAAACGAUUUCCACGAACCUGAACUCGUGUCGUUAAGACUCGGGCCGAGCUCGAGUACGCACGAGAGGGAGGAAAAGCUAAGCGCAAACAAGAAGCGCGGAGAGGAUCACGAUGGUGGAGGCCUUAGUCUUGCACUAGAGCGUAAAUUCGAAGGGUCUAGGAACGGAACAAACGAAGUGCCUACUUUGAACUUGAGCUCAGAAAACAGCUUUGAGGAUACUAAGGAACAAGAGGCUGGUGAGCCAUGGCCACCAAGCAAAAUACACAAGAAUAAUGUUAGGAACGACGACGAUGAAGUCUCGCAGCAGCUGCAGGUCAAGAAGGCGCGGGUUUCGGUUAGGGCCAGAUGCGACACCCCGACGAUGAAUGAUGGAUGCCAAUGGAGAAAGUAUGGGCAAAAGAUUUCCAAGGGAAACCCUUGCCCGCGGGCGUAUUACCGGUGCACGGUUGCACCGGCAUGCCCGGUUAGGAAGCAGGUGCAAAGGUGUGCCGAGGACAUGUCGAUACUGAUAACGACCUACGAGGGGACGCACAACCACCCACUCGCCGCCUCCGCCACGGCCAUGGCCUCAACCACCUCCGCCGCCGCCACCAUGCUCGUGCACGGCGCCGCCACCUCCUCCGCCGCGGCCUCCGCCGCGGCGGCGCUCCACGGCGUCUCGGGUUACCCUAGCCCCAGGCACUUCUACCUCCCGAACCCUACGAUCUCCUCCAACCCGAGCUACCCGACGAUCACCCUCGACCUCACCCAGCCCUUCGAUUCGGCUAGGGUGUCGUCUCCCCUGGGGCUCGCUCUCUCGGGCAAAGGGUCGAACGCCUUAGGGGCGUCGUGGGGAAACAACAGCGGGUACUCGAAUCAAGCGGCGUACAGCACAUUGUAUCAGAGCUCGUACCUGCACAGGGGCGCGGCGAACCCUAGCGCGGGGGCGGCGGCGACGGAGACGAUCGCGAGGGCGAUCACGGCGGACCCGAGCUUCCGAUCGGCGCUCGCGGCGGCGAUCACGUCGUACGUCGGAGGCGGAGAAGGCGGCGCCGCCGUGAGGUUGGGGGAGUACAUGGGCGCGGCGGGUGAGGGGGGCGCGGGGGCUCAAAAUGGGAGCUCGCUAGGAUUUCUACGGCAUUCACUAGGGUUUCCCAGCUCGAGGAGUGGGAAAUAAGGAGAAUUUCACUGCAGAACCCUGAUUUAGAUUCAAAUUAUUUACGAUUUUUAGUCUUAUACUUUUCCCGCUGUGAAAAUUUUGGAAAAUGUUUGAGAUUUGAAAAUUAAUGUAUAGAGAGUGUUAAGUUCGAAAGAUAUACUAAAAAGAGACGUGAAGAAGAUCCUACGUUCAUGGCGAGACAAGUAAACAUGGAAAACAAAAUGCAGGAGAAAUGGGUGAAUUGCACCGCUAGUCCUAAGAAACAGAUAAAUUUCAUUGUGGUCCGCAAACUUUU